AUGGGGACUGCGGCGGCAGCGGUGGCGGCGGCGGCCGGGGAGGGGGCGCGCAGCCCGAGCCCCGCCGCCGUGUCGCUCGGCCUGGGCGUGGCCGUGGUGUCCAGCCUGGUGAACGGGUCCACGUUCGUGCUGCAGAAGAAGGGCAUUGUGCGGGCCAAACGGCGAGGUACUUCCUAUUUAACAGACAUUGUGUGGUGGGCAGGCACCAUUGCAAUGGCUGUCGGUCAGAUUGGAAACUUCCUGGCAUACACGGCAGUUCCCACAGUCCUGGUGACACCUCUGGGUGCCCUCGGAGUGCCAUUUGGGUCCAUUUUAGCUUCUUACCUUCUGAAGGAAAAGCUCAACAUCUUGGGCAAGUUGGGGUGUCUCCUAAGCUGUGCGGGUUCUGUCGUACUAAUUAUCCACUCCCCGAAAUCCGAGAGUGUGACCACUCAGGCUGAGCUCGAAGAGAAGCUGACCAAUCCAGUGUUUGUGGGCUACCUGUGCAUCGUGCUGCUCAUGCUGCUGCUGCUGAUCUUCUGGAUCGCGCCUGCCCACGGGCCCACCAACAUCAUGGUGUACAUCAGCAUCUGCUCCUUGCUGGGGAGUUUCACCGUGCCUUCCACCAAGGGCAUCGGGCUGGCUGCCCAGGACAUCCUGCAUAACAACCCGUCCAGCCAGCGAGCCCUGUGCUUGUGCCUGGGGCUCCUGGCGGUGCUGGGCUGCAGCAUCAUCGUGCAGUUCAGGUACAUCAACAAGGCGCUCGAGUGCUUCGACUCCUCAGUGUUUGGGGCCAUCUACUACGUGGUCUUCACCACACUGGUCCUGCUGGCCUCGGCCAUCCUGUUCCGUGAGUGGAGCAAUGUGGGCCUCGUGGACUUCCUGGGGAUGGCCUGCGGGUUCACCACCGUCUCUGUGGGCAUCGUCCUCAUCCAGGUGUUCAAAGAGUUCAAUUUCAACCUUGGGGAGAUGAACAAGUCUAACAUGAAAACAGACUGAGGAGAGAGGGCAUUGGGUGGCAUGAGGAGCAGGAAGUGGACAUGGUUUCUGGUCAUACUUUGAGGUGGAGUAGACGAUACCCUGAGAAGUGGGAGUAGAGUUGCCUGUGUGUUAAUGAGUGAUCCCUGGUGGAAGCCCAGCCUCCCGGUGCCUGGAUUUGCCAGAGGAUUGCCUGGGGGUCAUCACUCUCUCUCUGAUGAGAAAAAUCUCGUUUUCAUUGCCGUUAACCUCUAAGCUUUCAUGAAUCCAGUUUCCUUUUAAGACAUUUUCACAUAUUUAAAUAGAAACGAACAAUGGGCUCUUUCUGAUCAGUCUUUGUAAGGGAGCAGAUGUUCCUACUUAAAUGAUUAUUUUCAGAAAUGGAAGAUGUUGUCUUGAAAUCUGACUCUGUAGUUGUGUUAUUUUAUACUUAAGCAUGUAUAACAUUCAGGUACCUUACCCAAAUAAGAGGUGUAUACAUUUAAUUGUUCUUAAUCCUUUAACAAGUUGACAACCUCCCACCCCAACUCCCCAAGACAUUUUAACAGCAAAUCGAGAGAGAAGAGUGAAUGGACAUAACACAGUGUUCCAUUCACAGGGUGACUCUCAGUAGCUCAGAUCUAUUUCAGUGCCUUUAUCACUUGAACUUUUCACUUAGUUUAACUACUGUGUGUAUGUUCUCUGAGAUUAGAAUAAUGCAACUUCCUUGAUUAUACUUUAAUACUUCAGUAUUCAAAUUAUAAAUGUGUAAAGCAGUUAGAAAUCAUACUUUAUUCCUUGAAAGAGAGUCAAGACUAAAGCCACAUUAGAGCACAUUUACCCUGUUAGCAUGUAGUGUCCAGUUAAAGACAAUUGAUUUAAGUAGUAUGAAAUAUCUCAUUUGCAUUCAACCUGUAAUAACUGGGAUCCAGUGUCUAAUAUUUCCACAUGCUCUUUCAGCAGGUAUUGUGGCUUUGAUUAGCUGGCCAUUCAGAAGACAAAUUAUUUAACUUGAUAAAUAAGGCUAUUAUAUGAGAGACUAAUUGUUAAAUAGCACAUAUAUUGAGUUCCCUGUAAUACAGGAAUGAUUUAAAGGACACAAUUAUGCUUAGGCUAGUUUCUACAAUUUGAACACAUCUGGCUUUAAUGUUGACUUUCAAAAGAAUUUCUAGCAAAAAAUGAAAACAAUUAAUUUAGCCAUCGCUUUAAACCUCUUAUUAAACCUCCGAAAUGCAAAAUAGCCAUUAAUUAUGCCAGUUAUUUGGAUCAAAGUGCUCAUUCUGUCUAUAGUAACCUUCCAUGUGUGUUAAAUGGGAGAGAAAUACAAAGUAUUGUGAAUAUUUCAUCAAGAUAUCAUGCACUUCAUGUGCAAUGCUUUAUCUAAACAGGGAACUAUACCAAGUGGAAAGAUGGGAUUGGGCAAAGUGUAUUAUGAAAAAGUAGAACAUGAAAUUUAGUAAGAUCCAACUGAAGUCACUUGCUAAGAAAAGAAAUGUGUAUUUUCCAGGCAAAAAGAAAUGUCUAUAUUAACGACUCAAGGAAUAGUUCCAUAAAGUGUUGAACAAAGAGGCUAAAUAAAAUGAGAAUAGUUUAACAUAGAACAAAAAAUACCUUUAUGGAUUAGAAGUAUACAUAAUGAUCAUGGGUUGCCAGCAAUUUGUGACUAAGGGCAUCAACAAAAUUAUUUAAAAAUUUUAAAAAAUAUUAUGUUACCCAAUAGAUAAUAAACGCUUAAAUGUCCAUUACUGCUUUCAUCAGUUCCUGAAGGCUUGUUUUUUAAUCAUGAAUAUUUCUAGGUAUGCAAGCCUUACUUUAUUGAACUGGACAUUCUGAAAAUGUAGUGUAGCAGUAUUCACUUACUUUUAGGCAUGAGAAUAUCUUCCUAGGUAAGAAUUUUAAGAUAUUCAAAUAAUACAUGUGGCUAUACAAGGAUAAAUGAGAAGGUUCAUGUGUCUAAUGGAAAUUAUCAUUUUAAUUUUGUUAUAGCUUAUAUGUGAAGCUUAUAUUAAAUACAGCCAUUGGUGUAUUUUAUUGUAUUUUAAUCCACAGUUAUACCCUUGGUAUUCGGAAAUGAUAUUUUGUGGGUGAUCUUCCCUAUUAUUUCUUUAAGAGUAAAACAAAAUCUCAAAGUAUUAAUAGCUCUUCUCUUAAGGAUGACUGGUCCCGGCCACAGGUAGAAUCCCCAAGUUUAUAUGUUUGGCAAUUACAUUGGUAGGAUAUGUUUUUCUUCCAGUGUAACAAAGAUCACACCAUCCGUUGUAUUUCAAGUGUGACACUAGCCUCAAGGUAAUUAAUGUGACUAGAUAAUCAUAGUCUAACAGGCUAAUUUUCAAACUUAAUUUAGAACAGAUCUCUGAUUUGAAUGGUAAUUAUUUUACAAAUUCAUGUUUUCAUAAUUCAUUUAGAAAUGCAUAGAAAAAACAAAAGUGAAGGAUAGUAGGAUUUACGAUAUUUAUUAAACCCCCCAAAGUCAGAGCUUUGGCGGAAGGCCUCGGAUGGGGAUGAUUCUUGGGUUGGUUUUUCCAAAAGCAUCUACAUCUGAAACAUCUGCGUUAUUCUUUGGAUUAUAAAAUUCUUUGGAUUUUAUCUCUCAUAAAGCUAAGAAAGAAAAAAAUAUCUAUAUACAUUUGUUUUCAAGCCUCCUCUGAAAUCAUACAUAUAUAUAUAUUUUACAAUUUGCAGAUUUACUGUUGAUAGAUAUUUAAGUAGGCCUCCAUGUGAAACCUUUGCAUUGUUAUACUAUUCUUUGGAUUUUCUCUCUGAUAAAGAUAAGAAAGAAAAAAAUACCCACUAUAUACUUGUUUUUAAACCUCCUUUGAAAUCAUAUGCUUUGCAUAUUAUUGUUGAUGGGUAGUCAGUAGGCCUUCUCCCUUCUCCUACUUGGAUAAUGCCUUAUUUUCCUAUCUGAAUCUUGGCAUUUAAGAAUAUUGCUUCUGGUUUUGCACAUUGAUCAAGUGUUGGACCUAUUAAGGAUUCUAAGCCAAACCCAGCAUGUAAAAACCAUCCCAGAGCCUUUUGCUGCUCUCAGGACGAUUAGGUCUCCUAGAAGGUUCUUUGGGAAAAGGGAGGACUGCCAAAACCAGAACCUUUAGGGAGGAAUCUGCAGUUUUCAUCACUCAUCACUCACACUGUAGUUAUGUAACAUUCCUGUUAGAAUAUUAGUGAAAUGUAUUUUGCUGCUCUUUGCUCAGCAAUAAGCAAUAUUCUUGCAGUUCCUACUUUUCAAGCCAAUUUGCUAAGUUCAAUUUUAUUUCCAGAAAUUCACCCCAGCAGUAGUAUGUUGGUCUUUGUUCUUUGGUUCCACUUCUGUUUUCUGAUAGGAGAGCACAUACUAAAAUGUGCAGUCACUUUUCAUCUAACUUAUGCCUAGAUGAGUAAGCUCUUUGUAGCUAGUUUGUAGAGAUCUGUGGAUGAGAUCCUUGAAAGAGAUGUGUUGAUAAGCACAGGCCACCCUGUAUGGUGUAUAAUUCUUGUCAGGAGAUACUUUUCUUUCCUAGGCUGCUCAACUAAUUCUAGAAGAGCUUGAGAUCACAUUUUCUCUGAUGCCUAUGUGAUCUUGAGGUAGGCUUCCCAUGACUGAAAGGAAAGAAAAGAGUGUUAUGUUUUUAAAUCUUUUCAAGGCUGCACAGAUCAGCUUCAGUGGUCUGAAGGAGUGAUCCUUCUCAGUGUAUCUAACAUGAAGAAAGCAGUUCACCCUUCCGGCAGGAUUAGGUGGAAUCUUUGUGUUCCGCCAUCUCAGGGACCAAAAAUGUAACAUUAACUCCCUAGCAUUGAUUCUCUUCCCAAAGAUAUGUCCGUAUUCAUUUUUCUUAUAUUUUGCUCAUAUUCAUAACUAGAGGUCUGUUAACUUGAGUUGGAAAGAGAAAAGAUCAAUUUACUUGCCAGUCACACCAUAAGACAGUAUUUUAUAAAUACCUCAAUUUUCUGUAUUCCUCACUUCAACAUCACAGCUAUUAAGGCCUGUCCUUUAGCUUAUCGGUGAUUUUUCGCAUCUGACCAGAUUCUUAUACUCCCAUUAUAUACUUGAAAAGAUUAAGAAUUAUAGGAACAGGAAGAAUUUGGUCAAUUAUCACUACUCAUUUCUUUUUAUACAUAUCUCCUAUGCUCUUACAUGUGACAAAAGUUAUAUUUUAAGAAAAUUAACUUUGUGGUUCAUCCAAAAAAUGCUGCCUAAUAAAAAGUUGGUAUUCAAUAGAACAAUGAUCAUGUAAAUAAAAAUCUAUUUUAAUUGUACUCCAGGUGAAAAAAAUCAUAGUCUAGGGCCCAGAGCAUGAUGAACCAGGGAGAAGGAUUUAUUUGUUCUUUUCUCUAUUCUUCCCUGAAUUGUACAAAUUUAGGUAAGUCACUUAACCUUCCUGUGCCUCAUUUUUCUACCUCUAAAGGGGCGGGAUGAUUCUCCAUAUUGACUGGUUUAGAACUGGAGCACUUUUACCCGUGUUCUGGCAGCCCCAGUGGGAGCACCAUCUUCAGAAUUGCUCUGUAGCUGACAUGGGAAACCCUGUUCCCAGCUGUCUCCUCAGUCCACUAAGGACUGCGAUAGAGAACACCCACUUCUGAGCACUGAGAAAGCAGACAGCACUGGGUGUAAAGGUUUCAUGAUUUGACCAAGCUUUAACUUCCCCUUUUUUGUUUUAAAAGGAAGGGUUUUGUAUAUUCUACUGUGAAAUAUGCAAAUUAAACAGGGGCUUUUAGAAGCUGUACUGAAAGGUCUCACUCUGAUGGUUUGAUGAACCCCCUUUACCUUCUGAUGUCCACAGAGGACUUUCGGUCUUUAGGCCUCUGCUUAGGUUUGUAUUCUUUAGAAAGACUUCAUAGCCUGUGAAAUGGAUCAUCUUUGUUGAAUUGAAUUUGUAAUGAAUGAUGCUGAAUUUCCUGCUUUCACGUAGCUCAACUCUGAUGAUGAACUCUCUGACACCAGGCUGAGUUCAGGGGCUCCCAAGCCACUCCCAAAGAGUCACAUUGCAAAGUUAAGAGUAUUUCUUUUAUUUGUCAGAAUGAAAUAAUUUGGUACCUCCCCCCUGUAUAUUGGUAUUUUGCACUUUGGAACAAUUAAAAGGUACUGUUUUUCAGUAGCAUUUGGGAGUGUUUUUGCCUUUUUAAAUGAUAACUGUUAUUUUCUUGUAAAAUAGAAUAUCAUCAUGAAGAAGAGGAAGAAGACUAGAAGAUUAAAAAUGAAAAUGUUGAUUGUUGCAUAACAGUUUUACAUGUAUGUAUAUACACACACACAUACAUACAUACAAACAUGCACAUACACAGUUGUCAGUGGCUAAGAUUUGCUUAUAUUUUGUUUCAUAGAAGUAAUCAUGGCAUGUUGCAAUUGCCUUAUGUAAAUAAAAAGGCUAUUUAUUAAGUUUUCCAAUAAUAUUUAUUAAUCUGUAUGUGUUUUAAAAUAAAAUAACUUAUUUCUA